GAGAAGUGAGUCCACCCGGCACACAGAGACCGGCUCAGGUCUGGACCAGGACGCUGUCGGACACCGAACCGUCUGGAUGUGCAAUAUGACUUUGGAAGAAACCGGCGGAGAGCGCUCUACAGAGAGGAUGGACUCGGUGGCUCAGGCUCUGGAGGAGGUGCUGAGCUCUGCGUUGCCUCAGGGUUGCAUCACUGUGGGAGUGUAUGAAGCUGCAAAGUCUCUGAAUGCGGAUCCAGACAAUGUGGUGUUGUGCCUCCUGGCUGCAGAACAUGAGGAUGUGGCGCUGCAGAUUCACUUCACCUUGAUCCAAGCUUUCUGCUGCGAGAACGACAUCAACAUCCUGCGGGUGGGCAACAUGAGGCGCCUGGCGGAGAUCCUCGGCGGGGUGAAGCCUGGAGGGGAGCCCAUGGACCUGCACUGUGUUCUAGUUACUAACCCGCAGUCGGCCCUGUGGAAGGACCCCGCCCUGAGCAAGGUGAACAGAUUCUGCAGCGACAGCCGCUGUUUGGAUCAGUGGGUUCCGGUCAUCAACCUCCCCGACCGGUGA